AUGAAGUUUGGUUUGAAAUUUAACCAUACCCCUCUUAUCCUCUCUUCAUCUUCAGAUGCCUUAGAGCAGCCAUUCUUCACCACCAAUCCAAUCGGCACCACAGUCAUCAACUCCAACCGGCACACCAUCUCAUGCCGGGCCACGGGGACCAUGCCCAUCGACUACGGCUGGGAGAUCAACGACACCGCGAUCUACGCACCGGAGUGGUCGUCGAACUCCUACACCUUCACAACGAUUGGGAAGAGCAACAUCGGGGUGUACAGAUGUGUGGCAAGCAAUGUUGUGGGUACUGUUAUCAGUAGAGGGGCAGAGAUUCAUGUUGCUUAUUUUGAAACAUACGGCGGUGCUCCACAGACGACAAUGGUCAGUGCGGGGGCUGCGAAGAUUCUGACCUGCCCUCCCUACGACAGUUACCCAAUCCCGACUGUAACCUGGCAGUUCAACGGGACCGACAUCAUACUGGGUUCAGACCAGCUGGUGACUGCAGACCAGCGACUGGUCCUACUCCAAGCCACUGACCAGCGCCAGGGCUCGUACACCUGUAACGCCAACAACAACGUCUAUGGAUACACGCAGACCAGCCCUAGUGUGAUGCUAACUGUUCAAGGUACCUUCACGCCCCCUGCAUUCAUCGCACCCACUCUCGUCCUCCCACCCAGUAGUACAGUCGUCAGGCCAGGACAGUCCUUUGUACAGAUGGAAUGCAUCAUCAGUGCCCAUCCUUUGAGCUCUCUCCAGAUCUCCUGGCAGAAGGACGGAGAGGGGUUGGACGCCACGGGGGCCAUCUUGAAGAUCUUUAACCCCACCGAGGCCAACGCGGGUACCUACAGGUGCAUCGGUGACCUGGCGGGCUCGGGGAUGCCAGCCGUAGAGGCGUCGGCAAACCUCACCAUGUACAUUGCCCCAACAAUUACUAGUCCAUUGGAGAGGAUAAUCCAGGAGGCUGCAGGCAGCUCCAUCACUCUCCCUUGCAUGGCCACAGGAGUACCCGCCCCUCAGAUCAAGUGGUAUCGUAAUGCUGCUGACAUCACAACCAUGGGUAACAGCCGCUUCAGAAUGGAGGAUGACGGUAGCUUGAAACUGAGCAACAUUGAGAAGGCCGACAGCGGUAUGUUCCAGUGCCAGGCCAUCAAUGAUGUGGGAGAACAGAUAGUGGACACUUGGCUACAAGUGCAAGAAAUUGCUCCUGAGAUCACCCUGGCUCCCAAUGACACCACCAUCUUGGAAGGAGAGACGACCUACCUAGAGUGUGCAGCAGAGGGCGCUCCACAUCCCACAAUACAUUGGGAGAAAGAUGGUCAACUAGUCCUGAGCGCAAGCUUCCGUCUCAAUGACCGCUAUGUCCUCCAGACCUUCGGAAACCUCCUCCUGCAGCAGGCGGUCAUGGAGGAUUCCGGCGAGUACACCUGCAUCGCCACCAACACCUUGAAUACAGCCAACGCUUCCGCCUCCCUCAUUGUCUACCAAAGAACCUUAAUCUCCCAGAAGCCGACCAACGUCCAGACCAUCCUGGGCGAGACCACCACCCUGAACUGCGUGGUCCAGCACGACUCUAGGGUCACUCCGACGGUCACCUGGAUGCAGGACGGUGGCGUGAUUAUACCCGACGGAAGGUUCAUCAUUCAGGAGUCCGGCUCCCUGGUCAUUCUCUCGACCGAUGCAAAUGACAUGGGGCUGUACGUCUGCAAGGUUACGUCCAUCGCUGGGGAUGACCUCGGUAGCGCCAACCUGACAGUCCUACAGGUACCAUAUCAGCCCCAGGGAGUGACCGCAACCAAGAGCCAAGACCAGGACAGGACCAUCAUCGUUUCUUGGUUACCCGUCUUUGAUGGUAACUCAGCCCUCAUCAGGUACAUCUUGGAACAGAAGGAGGAUGAUUCCGCUUUUACCGAGGUGGAGGCAACCAUCAACCCUUUGCUGACACAGUUCCUUGUGACCGGUGUCAGACCAUCAAGAAGAUACCAGUACAGACUCAGGGCACAGAAUGCCAUCGGGAUGAGUGAAAAGAGCGAAGCUAGCAAUGUAGUUCAUCUUCCAGAGGAACCACCUGAUCUACCUCCCCAGUCUCUGAGGGCCAGUGCUACAUCCACUUCCAGUAUCAUGGUGGAGUUUGGGGAGCCUCCCUAUGACAGUUGGAACGGUCCCCUCCUAGGCUACAUCGUUCAGUGGCGUAUGGACGGCUACAACACCGCUUUCCAGUUUACCAACAUCACCAACUACCGUCAGACGUCAUACGAGAUCACCGGCCUCAUCACGUGGAAGAUCUACGAGAUCCAGGUCGCUGCCUACAACGGCGCUGGAGUGGGAGCGUUCACGAAUACCAUCGAUGUCAGGACUAAUGAAGGAGUUCCAACUGCACCCCCACAGGAGGUCGAUAUAGUAGUGACCAGCUCGACAUCCUUCAUGUAUAUAUUCAGCUCACCGCCCGUCCAGUUUAUCAACGGCAUCAACCAGGGUUACAAGCUGCUCGCCUGGGAGCCUGGGAUGGAGAGCAACCCCAUCACCGUGCUGGUCCCUCCGAACGUUGCCCAGAGUCGCUUCAUCGGUAACAUCACGACCCUGAAGAAGUUCACCGAGUACCAGGCUUCUGUCCUGUGCUACACCAACCCCGGAGAUGGUGUCCCGAGCACACCUGAGACCUUGAUGACACAUGAAGAUGUUCCUGGCCCUGUGAGCAAUCUUGGUCUAAACAAUGUAUAUGAUACAUCCGUGCAAGUAUCGUGGGAGCAACCACAGGAGGUCAAUGGAGCACUCAGCGGUUACAGUAUAAGCUGGCAGGAGCACAACCGGACCUCCAAUAUCUACAACGCCAACCGAAAACCCAAUGAAACAAGUUACACCAUUACAGCGCUUACGCCACUGACCAGCUAUCUGAUCCAGGUCUGGGCUAAGACCAGUGUAGGUCCAGGACCCACCACAGACAUCCUCGUUAGUUCUGGAGUUCCACCAGAUCGCCCCCAACCACCUACCAACCUGAACGUCCCCGGCUCCACCAUCCAGUCACGCUCCGUCCAGCUCCAUUUCACCCCCGGGCUCGACGGCAACGCUGGCAUCACCCUCUGGACCGUCCAGGGCCUUAUUGGUCAGUCUGACCGGUGGGAGACGGUCUUCGAGCUCUCUGACUCCAGCGCCAGGUCUGUCAAGAUCACAGGACUGGAGCCGUUCACAUACUAUCAGUUCAGGAUGAUCGCUACCAACGUGGCUGGUUCUAGCAAUGUCAGUGAACCCUCGGAGCAGAUCCAGACUGAUCAAGAUGUGCCAGCCAUCGCACCCAGAGAUGUCAGAGUACGAGCGUUCAAUGCCACUGCUUUGAGAGUCACAUGGAUGCCCCUUGAUGACACGGAAUGGAACGGCGUACCAGGGGGGUACCGCAUCUACUGGAAGCCGUAUGGUACCAACAUGCAGGAGAUGAUCUUUGACCUCGCUAGUCCGUACAUCAACAACCACGUCAUCGGUGGUUUGGAGGAGUGGAUGCCGUACGAUGUGAGGAUAGAGGCCUACAACGAGCAGCAUGUCGGACCUACCAGUGGAAUGGUUGCUGGCUGGACAAAUGAAGCAGUCCCCUCUGCUGGCCCAUCCAACAUCCAGGCCUUGCCCAUCUACUACUCGGAGAUCAUGGCAACAUGGGGUGACGUGCCUGCAAUCCAUCAGAAUGGAGAGAUAUUGGGCUUCAAGGUAAUAUUCCGAGAGAAUGGGGGCAUUCUGAUGUACCUGGAUGUACCAGGCAACACCACUCGAGAGGCAACUAUAACUCACCUCAAGGGGUACACUGUCUACACCAUCACGGUGCUGGCAUAUACCGUCGUCGGUGAUGGUGUUAUCGGUAACGAGGUGCCCGUCAGGACGCAUGAGUGGUUUCCCGGUCCUCCUGGUGGCAUCACGUUCCCCACCGUCCAGGAGUCAUCUGUGACCAUCGCAUGGAAUGAACCCCUCCUUCCCAACGGUGUCGACCUGACCUACAAGGUCGGCUACCGUCUCCAGGCCGCACCAGCCAAUACUCUCGUUGAAGAGAAUGUAGGGGGCAGCAGAGAGCAUACCGUGGCGGGACUAAUGCCUGAAGAGACGUACUAUUUUGAAGUGACGGCGAGUACGUUGACGGGAUUUGGCCAGCCGGCUUCAGCCCUGGUUAUAACUACUACAGAUAGAACCGCACCCGAAGCCCCCUCCAAGCCCACCGUGGACCACAUCAAGAGCAGGCAGGUGCGGCUAUCAUGGACGCCUGGUAACAACGGGAAUUCCCCUCUUCGUUAUUACAUCAUUGAUGUACGUGUGGAUUCGGGACCAUGGGCUCAGCACAGCAUGACAGUGGACGCCUCCCAGGUCUCCUAUAUAGUCACAGGGUUAAAUCCACACACUUUGUACUAUUUCCGUCUGAAAGUGUAUAAUGACAUUGGAGCCAGUCCAGAAAGUCCUACAUCAGAUCAGACCACAACUGAGCAAGACAUUCCUGAAGGUGUACCCACCAUCACAGGGGCGACGCCCAUCACGGUCACGUCCCUCCUGGUGACGUGGCAGCCACCCCUUCAGGCCCAGACCAACGGCCCACUCACCGGCUACAGCUUCCAGUUCAGGCAGUUACCCGGCGGCAGCUUCAUGGAAGAGACCAUUAGCGAUGCGGGGGUGACCGAGCAUGAGCUCCUCAAUCUGGUGAGGUAUCAGAACUACGAGGUGAAGCUGGCUGCCACCAACAGCAUAGGGCUGGGACCAUACAGCGCUCCUGUCUAUGUGUACAUCGGUGAAGCAGUUCCCUCUGAGCCUCCUUCAGCCGUCACCGUAGCAACCACUGGUUCGUCGGCAUUCCAGAUCUCAUGGGUACCGCCCUCUACCGAGUCACAGAAUGGUGGUCUCCAAGGUUACAAGGUGCUGUAUUGGGAGAAUCACUCCCGCCAGGCACGGGCUACCAUAGUGCAGCAGACCAAGACCUUCCCUGCCUCUGCCACAGUGGCGACCCUGGAUGACCUGGAGUGCUUCACAGAGUAUGGGAUCUCAGUCAAGGGCUUCAACGCAGCGGGGGAUGGCCCUGGGUCUCCUACAUCAUACAGCACUACGGGUGAAGAUGUUCCAAGCGAGGUGAGCAGUCUGCAGUUCAGCCAAGUAAGGAUGAGCUCUCUCAAGGUAUCAUGGGGACCUCCGACCUCGCCCUGUGGGACCAUCAUCCAGUACAAACUCUUCUACCAACCUCAUGAGCCAAUCAAUGGUGAAAGGACAUCUGUGGUAGUCACACUACCCAGUGAUCAAUACUCCUACGUUGCUAAGAGGCUUGGGGAGAGGGAACGAUACCUUUUUGAAGUCCAUGCGGAGACCGCUAGCUUCGAGGGACCACGGAGGGGCCAAAACAUCACAACUGGACCACAAGAAGGUGCUCCUGACUCACCGACGAAUAUUGAAUUGUCUCCCGGGUCAUCCUUCUUGACCGUUUCAUGGGAAGAGCCUGUGUUCCACGGCGACAAACCUCUCAUUGGAUACAUCAUACAAUCACAAGAAAAAGGUCAAGACACGUGGGAGAACGUCAACGACACCAUCGGCGCCAACCAAUCACAGUUCUCCAUUCCGUACAGCAGCCUUGACCCCGUCACGGUGUAUACCUUCCGGGUCAUGGCCGAGAGCGAGAUCAGCGUCAGCGAACCAGCCCCGAGCGAAGAGCUCAUGGUUCCAGCUGGAGGAACGAACGCAGCUCAGAAGAACUUUUACGAGGAGUGGUGGUUCUUGGUGAUUGUCGCCCUCGUCGGCACCAUCGUCAUCAUUCUGGUCGGAGCCACGCUAUGCAUGCUGGGAAGAAGCCGUUUAUAUGUCGAUAGGAAAGUUCAUAAAAGGAUGACACCCGAUGAGAGAGUGAACGGGACGGAAGACGGUGGAUUCACGUCGUUUGAGAUGGAUCCAGCGGACAGACGACCACCGAGGAAUGGAAGAUCAAAUGGUCGAAGCGCAGCAUAUGCUAGGACAAAUUCAUAUACAAGACCCCCUCCAAGGCCCAGCCCAGGAAGCAUACAAUACUCGGAGGAGGAGGAGAGUAAACAUUAUGAAGACGUCAGGAGGAGGAUGGCUGGCGAGGAGCCGGGAGAGAGCAGCAGUCUCACGGAGAAAAACGAUUUACAGUCACUCUCAGAGUCAUUAGCUAGUGAGAGUGACGUUGAAGUAGAUGGCGGGGGAGCCUAUGGGGGCGAUCCUCCCUCCUUCGUCAACCACUACGCCAGUCUUCCAGGCUCGCAAUCAUGGCGACGCCAGAAUCCACCGAGCGGUCCAAACAGUAACGCAUACAGCUACACGGACAGUGAACCGGAUCCCGUGCCCACCGUGGACGGAAGAACUGUAUACCUACAGAACAAUCUAGCCAAAAUGCAGCCCGGCUCACGGGCACCCGUGCACGGCUUCUCGUCGUUCGUAUAACGCAAGCUGAGCCGUCACCGAUCGCCGUUUGCCUAGUUAGCGAGAACUAAGAGAUGAUUAUAUGAAUAUUUUCUUGACAUUGGUUUGUCAUCAUACGUCUUCUUGAAAUCUUAGGGUGUGAUGGAGCAACAUCUACACAAUGAAACUUCUAAUAUAGUUAUCAUCGAGGAUAAGCCGUGUGGAAAAUAUUGUCUUCUAAAUUUUAAUUGUGUCGUACUGACUAAACUUUUGUGUUUGAAACUGGAGUGCUUUAAUGAUAGAACAGAUGUGAAAUAUUCUUUCCAUCAAGGACUUUCUGUUUACAUUCAACUGUCAUGUGGAAUUGAACUACUUGCGUAGCAUAUAUGAAUGAAAGAGAAAUAUAUUACCAAUACUUGAUCCUUAUUGGAAUUGGAAAUGCCAUUCUUUGGUAGCAGGACCUCGGUGGAUAGCAAUACUACAAGAAAGGUGCUUCACCCUCGUUAAACAAAUCACAUCUAACAGAGUAACCGUAAAAUGGUUUGCAUCCCUUGUGAUUGUAGGGAGCUCAGGAUAGCAUCGACAGAAGGACUACCCCAGUGGCGAAGGCAAUACCGGUACCGAAGACCCAGAGGUGAAAAUGCGGAAUUAAUGUGAUUUCUAACAUGGAAUGGUUAUUACAUCGUCUUCUUCUUCUUCUUCUUCAUCUUGAAAGGCCUAUGAAGCCUGUCACGGAGAUGAACUAAAGAUUGCAAGCGGUGGGAGGAAGAUAAAUGAGAUUUGAAAGGAAGAGAGCACUAGAUGUCUCGGGAGUGGUCUCUGGAAUUUCUCUGGAUCGUCAGCGUGCACUGCAUUUGCCAGUAGGCUAUGGAAACCAAGACAAGAUAGAUCUGCAUUGAAACCAAAACACGUCAGCAUGGAAACCAAAGAUUGCAAGAGCUUAACAUGGCCAAGUGACUUAAGAGGAAGACAACUGUGGAUUAACCUUCAGGAUGGGAUCAAACAGAUGGAGAAGAGACAUGAACAUAUAUGAUUAAUAAUAUUUCCGGGGCACCGUGAGCAGUGUUACAUUCUUUCGAUGAGUAGGCUUAAUGAAGAAGGUUCUAUUUGCAAGAAACGUAUUACAUGUGAGCCAAAGAUAGAUUUACUCUUUGGGGGAUUCUGUGCAAUGUGUCCAGAAAGACGUAUGACCUUUAUUCCUUUAUCUGUUUAUCUGAAUCUAAGAAUGAAUAAAUUCUUAACGUGACCAUUAGAAACGGUUCUUUUGAUAUCACUACAAUUAGCAAUGGCCAGAUCAGGAGAUUUUUCACUUUUUGAUGAAAGAACUGCACAAGUGGCAUACAUGUACAUGUGUAUCUUAUGUGACACAUUGCGCAGAAUCACCAUUUUAUACAGUUGUGUUGAUGGGGUGUGGAACUUAGUGGAGAAAUAAGAAGAAGACUCGAUAUAUACGAUAUGCAAAUAAUUGAUGUUCGUUCAAGUAAAACAAAAAUACAAGUCUUUUGAUCCAAAGAGUUGUGAACAGAUAUGUAUUCAAGAAAAUAUGUGGUUGUGAAACGUGUGGUUUCGUAUACCAGCUUGAUAUGUGGGGCGAUGAAAGUCAUAUGGAUCGUGAAUUGUAAGAGCGGUGAGGAUGUUUUGUUAUUCAUAUCAACUCUUGAUUCGUCUUUUUAUAGAUUAUUAUCAAAUCUUUCUUGAUCUUUACACUGCCUUUAAUUCUGUUCUCUAAACAGAUACAAUAACUUUGAAUAGGUCUGGCUUUUAUUAUCCAUUUGUAAUUAAUAUGUUAUUGGUACUUUUGAACAUGUUGGGGACUCUAAUGAUAAUAUUAAUAAAGAUCUUUUCAAAGAUUCCAAAUCCCCCCCCCCCCCUAAAAAAAUUAAAAAAAUUAUGGGUCAAUUUGAAUUUUUUGUGCAAGGACUUUGUUUAAACAAUUUACUCGGAAAGACAGAAAUACAGAACAGGAAUUUUCUCUUUUGCUCACUAAAUUAUUAUCUUUUCUUCAGGAAUUUUCAAAAUGUCAUUGUUCAAGCAGAUUCAUAUAAACUUAAGCGCCAUGAACUCCUUUCAUUUGCCCCAAACGUCAAACAUUACCUUCCGUUUACACCUGAUAACUCUUAAAUACUUUGACACUUGUUAUGACCGUCUCUCUUCUAUUCUUGGUGAUGUUACAAACUUCACAAAUGAAUUUUAAUCUGCGGUCUCUUUAGAGAGAGCAAUUCUAUUUAUGAAAUUGAUGAUUUGUUGAUUAGAGACUCGGACUAACAGUAUCCCAUCUAUUCCGUAUGUUAAUGUGCCUUUUUGAAGACAAUAAGAUUAGGUGCUGAAUUUUGUAUGAGUCAUAGACUAUUGUCGUUAGAUGUAGAUAUCUUUAAAGCUAUUGUAAUUUAUUGAAAUUUGCCGAUGAAUUUUAAAUUUCAACUCAAUUGAACUUUUAACUCCUCCUGUGUCUGCAAUAUUUGAAAUUGGCUUUCUAAUAAAAUGUUGAUUACCGUACACAAUAUUGAUUACGAAAGACCUAUUUUUGCAUAAGUCAUUGCUAUUAAAGUUAAUGUAUUUCUUUUGUUUGCUAUUGUUUGCUAUUUUUAUUUGCGUAUUCAUGUUAUAUAAACCUGUUUUUUUUAAUCUCAAGUAUUGCACUAGAUACUGCAUUUAUGUAUUAAACUUUCAUGUAGGGGCCUGCAUGUGCAUCAAUAAGUGGGUUUUCAAAGUGCUUAAGCAACUUUAGACAGAUAUAUGUCAAAUGUUUCUUGAUAACUCUUCACUAUUGUUUUAGGAUAUUUUGUGUUCUUUUAAAGAUGUCGUUAGGUCCGUUGGUUAAGUCACUUGUGAAUGCAUUUUCAAGGGACAUUUAGCUAAGACUCUUCUCUCACAGCUUAACAGAUGUUUAAGUAAUCUACAUUGAUGUUCCUUGUUGUUCUUCUUUAUUAUAGAAAUAUUUUCUUAUGUGCAAUUCGAGUAGGAGAUUAUGUUAUGUUGUCAUUCUUAGAGCAAGUUCUGUUCAUAAUCUCGUCUAUAAGAUCGGGGUUAUCUAUACAAAUGCUUUUUUAUUUACAGUGGUGCUGAUUUCAAAUAUUUUGUUCGAUUUUAUAGAGGAUUUUUAUAUCGCAUAUGGGAUGGACAGAAAAUUCAUUAUAUACUUUCUUCUCAUUGCAAUAACCAGUAAGUUGAUAUCGGUAAAUGGUGCAGAAGCAUAUGGGAAAUGUAUCUUUCUCACCCACAGAUAGAAGGGUUGUGGUCCAGUGGAUAAGUCUCCCGACUGUGAACCACAUGGUACAGGGUUCAAAUCCCUGCCACAGCACUAACGUCCUUUGGCAAGACGUUAAUCUACAUUUGCCACACUCCAUCCAGGUGAGGUAAAUGGGUACCUGGUAGGAUUGUACCUAGAAAAUUCACUGUGUACUGAUAAGGGCUGCUAGAGCUAAAGCUAGGGUAAUAAGUUCCAAAGCUCUUUCGAGGAGCAGAGGGGACGUUGUAAUGUGAUAUGCACCAUAUAAGAACAACCACGCUAAAUACCAAGUGGUGGAUGUUGAUGAAGUUCUUUCGUGGUGUCAAUGGGAUGUGAAAAGAAGUUAGAUGAGUUAAGGUGUAUUUUGACGCUCGUUUCAUCUUUGAUUUUUAAGAGUUGUAAAGUUCCAUUAUGCAUAGACAUUACAUGCAGUCAACAUCCCCUACAUGUAUGAUAGAUUUGUAAUUUCUCUCUUUCCGUUGUUUUAUUUGCUUUUUAAAAAAAAGAAGAUAUUUUCACGUUAGUUUUGUUAUCCUUGUUUUAAAGUGAUGCUUCAAAUACCGAAGUAAGCUACAUGUACAUAAGCCGUUUUAUAAUAUUAUGUUAUUAGCCUGACUCCGUAACAGAAGAAUUUUGAUACUUUUUUUUUUAAUUCUCUCAUUCUUUUAUUACAUUGCAAUUUUUUAAAUCUUUCUUAUAUUUCUAUAUUAAUCAAGAACACCACGUGUCAAUUUAAAUGUGUAUUGAGAUUUGUUUGUGGUUUCCUCAUACUUUUUUUUCUGUUCAGUGUAAUUAACCUUCUUUAAAAUCUUUGCAUAAUUAUUUUCCAUGCCUUUGUCAUAUUUGUAUAUUUUGGAAGAAUGCUUGUUCUAAAAUGUUCAUUGCUGGAAUGAGGGAUGUGAAAUUCUUCCUUAAAGAAGUAGGUUUUCAGAACAAUUUAUUUUUCACUCUUAAGCUGAACCAUUGAAAAAUUAUUUAGCGAUAUAAAGGAAUAAUGAAAACAUCUUUAAUUUCAUCAUUGUGACAUUGAACUAUCAUAUUAUAGCCUGAAAUGGUAGGUAUAUAUUUCAUAUCUCUUUUCAAAUAGUAGUCCAAGCAUUUACAUUUCUGUUUCUUUUAAGCGUGUAACUUGCCUGCUUGCUGCAGUUUGCUCAAAUAAAUAAAACUGUUAACGUUAUCGUCCAUGGUCCUAAUUCAUACAACUUGUUAGAAACAAAUACAGCUAAAAUUAAAACCGCACUCGAUUUGAUGAUUUUAGUAGCUUGUGAUAUAAUUAUCAGUUAUUGUAACUUGUAGUUGAUAACAAGAUUUACGAAAUAGAGCCCGAUGUCAAAAGUUAUUACUUGUAUUGUACUUUUAUUUUGUAUGUAAUGUUGCAAAGCUAGUUUUCUUAGCACAUUAAAAUUUGAGGAGAGCCUGAUUGGCAUUAAAUCCUUGUUAUGGUAAAUAGUAAGAGUAAAUCUUUUGAGCUAGAAGGGUGUUAACUCAUAUACAUACUUAAACAUGCAGUAAAUGCCUUUCUGGUUCCAAGAAACAUAAUGUCCUUAUAACGUAUUCGGAUCUGGACUGCUUCUGGUUUGAAAGCCAUUUUUUAUUUUAAAAAACAACUUGUUUUCAUUGCUAAUAAUGUGGAGUUUUUUAAAUCAUUGGCUAUAGCUGGAUAUGUUGGUAAUACUCGGUUGAAAUUGGCGCAUUUCAAAUGUGUUUUUAAAUUUUGGAUUGUAUAUGAAAUAUGAGAGACAUUGUAAGUAUGUUUUAUAACAUUGAAAUAAAUGCUUUUAAAGUAUAAAAUAUCUUUAAA